AUGAACCCCUUCGCUCAUGGCAACUGGAAUGGACAAUCAACUUCGGUGUACGGAGCACUCCCAUCUCUCGCCGCACCAGCGACGCAGUUGGACACGGUCACCUACACGUUCAUGAAUUUCAAGUCGACAAUCCUGAACUCGACCAUCGUUGGCCCGGAUGGCCGCACCGCCUACACCGUUUCGACGGAGGCAAACGCCCCCGCAUACACCAUCUUCAAGGACACAGAGAAAAGAAACAUCGGAAUGGUCCAGUGGCAACCCUACGCGUCCGUGGAGAUUCGCGGUGGUUCCACGCGUCAACGCGUCCGCGACUGGCUCAGGCUGUCGUCAGACCAGAGUCGGCGGAUCAUGGAGGCGAACCGUGUGCAGUACGCGUGGGCACCGAUGGACGGAUUCGUCUGCCUGUACAAAAUGCACAGCAGCGCCCCUCGCAUCCUCGGGCGCGUCUCGAGAAGCCCGACCGCGGUCUCCCUCGAGCUCACCGCGGAGGCGGUGCAGCUGGGCCUCACCGAGCCCGCGCUCGUCGCGACCGCCAUGCUCUCCUCCGGCCACAACAUCGACCGAGCGCAUCGCUCCGCGGCCCCAAUACUCCUCCUCCUCCUUUCAUAG